AUGGCCUCUAUCAAGCGACCUGCCCACAAUGUUGAAGAGUGGAUUCAGUUGGCCAACCCUGACAAGCUUCGCAACGAGCGCAUCGUGGAGACGUCAAACAUUCUCCUCAACACCCUCGCUGACUGGGAGGUAAAAGGAGAAUGCCGGUAUCUCACAGAGAGAAUGGACCAGCUCAAGGACCUCAUGGCGGAGCAAGAGAACACUCAAAACAACCCUGCAACAACACCUGAAGAAGGAUCAGCCUUGCAGGACAAGAUCAACAAGCUCAGGUUCGAGGGCAACGCCGUGUUGCUGUGGCUUAAGAUGUCGGAUGCCGAGCGUAUGACUGUUUGCCGAGCUUUUGAUAGGAAGAACUGCUUCAACGGUCACCAGAUGGGUAAACAAUUGCUCGAGAGACUUUGGAAGUUGGAGAAGGUGGAGAUGAGGCUUAACAGUGAGGCCUUGCGAAAGUUCCAGCAGUUCUUCAUGGACUAG